GGUUUUGGGGUCCCUGUGGUUCCUGUGGUUCCCUGUGUUGUUUCUGGGGUCCCUGAGAGGGUUUUGCUCCCCCAGGUGCAGGAGUUCGAGCACAUCAAUGGCCGCUGGUCCCUGCCCGAGCUGGCCCCGGAGCCCAGCGCCGACUCCAAGCGCUCGUCCCGCGCCUCCUCCCCCGCCAAAACCGGCCCCCCCAGCCCCGAACAGAGCGGCCCCCCCAGCCCCGGACCCCCCACGCCCGCCACGCCGGCGCCCAGCGAGCGCGGGGACGGGACGGGGCCACCCCCGGACAGGGACGACGGGGACACCCGGGACGAGAAGGAGCCCAAGGGCCCCGAGAAGAUGGACACGGACCCCCCCGUGCCCGAGGUGCCCCCAUCCCCGGGCGAUGGCAGCGAGGCCGAGGGGCCACCACGGAAGGGGGAGGAGGAGGAGGGGCCCGGCCACAGGGACCCCGAGGCCGAAGGGCCCCCGGCCCGUGAGGAGAGACCAGGCACCGAGGCCGAGAAGGGUCCCGGGGCCGAGAAGGGCGAUGAGAAACCCCCCGAGGAGGAGCCCAAGGAGCGACCGGGGGACCCCGACCCCAAAAGAGAGGAGGUGAAGGCCGAGAAGGAGCCCAGGCUGGAGGGUCGGGCCAACGGCCGGCGGGACGAGCGCGCCGAGAAGCCGCGGUUCAUGUUCAACAUCGCCGACGGCGGAUUCACCGAGCUGCACACGCUGUGGCAGAACGAGGAGCGCGCCGCCAUCUCCUCGGGGAAGCUCAACGAGAUCUGGCACCGGCGCCACGACUAUUGGCUGCUGGCCGGCAUCGUCCUGUAUCCCUACGGAAUUCCGGGCACCCCGGGGGCACCGCGGGGCACCGCGG